UCUGUAUUUCACUCUCUCGUAUAUCUGCCGUUGCAUGGUAAUUAUUUUUGUUUGGGUACUCACUUGGUUUUGGCAGUUUGUUGGCAGCGGUGAGCGCGUUAAAUACACACAAUUGUUGAAAAAGCGGCGCGGCGGUCUAAAGAAGUUCUGAAUUUGAAAGAAAGAAUAUUCGAAAUAAUUAAAUAUUUUUGUUUUGUGUGUCCAUAGAAUAUUUUUGUUGUCAAAUUAUUGUGGUUAUUAUUUUUGUUUCGUAUCGAAUGUGAUGACAAAUUUGUGUGAAAACAAGAGAAUGAUUUGAAUUAUUAAAAAAUAUAGAAAAGAAAAAUGCAAAAUAAAAUUUUAUGAUAUAAAAAUUCGUGUAUGAAAAGUUCUCAAAAAGUGAGAAAAAAUAGAAUUUGUGUGAAAAGAAGAGGUGGAGUGAAGUAAAGGGAAAAAAUUGCCAGUUUACCUUGAAAUCCUUGGAGAUAACAUUAAUUUAGUGGCCAUUAAAAUUGUCUGCCGUGAAUGAGAAGAACAUUUCUGCUGCAGGAAAGUAGUGCAACGAACCCUUGAAAGUGGCAAUUUCCAACCACUUGGACAGCAACAUUGAAAGGCGUCUAACAUUACAGUUGUUCAGAAUUUGUUUUCCUUGUUGCUGUUGUUAAGUAGUAAAGUAGCAACAACAACCACACGGAUCGAGACGACACUGAAUUUGCUCAUCCCCUGCAACAAGGUUUGGGCUUGAUGUUGGAGGGUUAUUUUUUUUUUUUGCUACAACUCGGCUCAAUUUCCAAUUUUCAAAACAGCAUUGCCUGCCUUUGUUUUCCUAACCAAUAUAUAAACAACAACCACCACCAUCGCCUUCACCACCCUGUCACCCGUCAAGCAGAUAGUGCAAGCCAAACCACUCCUUGUCUGGCCAAAGGGAGUUCCAACAACGACAACAAAAACAAGUAACGGGAAUAACUUGUUUCUGUAAUUGUUGCAUGCAGUGGGUAUUUCUUGGCAAGGAUAGCAGCCGUAACGGUUUGGGAAAACCCCACAACAACAACACACAAAGAAAACUGGUUAUACACAGGGAUACGGGUGAAUCAUCAUCAUCAUCAACUCAAUUAUUGGGGAAGAGCGACAAAAAUAACUGGGAUCAAUAAAUUCUUUGGAUUUUGUCAAGCCACCACUGCCAGACAGCCGUACCAAAACUACCACCAAUACCAAAAAAAAAAAAAAAAAACAGCAACAACAACAACAAUAAACAUCCAAUAAUUUUCUUUCCCUCAAUCCCAGAAGCCAUUACGGCCAAGAACACCAUCACAACGGCUUCAAUUACAUCGAAAUCACUGUCGAAAUCGUCCUCAUCGAAUUCGUUGAGUAUUCGACAGAAAUUUGAGGAUUUAUUAAAUUUGGUGAAAUAUGAUUUGAAGAAAUCACCAUCCACACCCGCCGCCUACGCGUGGGCCACAUUUCCCAAACGUUAUCGGGGCAAGGAGCAACGUCAACCCUGCAACGUCUUCGCCACACAUCAUCCAACGUCAGCAACAGCACCACGUCGCAGUCGUCAUCGUUUACAGCCGGGCGGAUUUGCAGAUAAACGAUUUCAAAUGAAUUUCUCGAAUACAACGUCGUCGUCUUCGUCGUCAUACAUGUGUCCAACAAAGUCGAAUAAAAAAAUUGCCGUAAAAGUAUUGAAAAGUCCCCAGAAUCCAACAUAUCAGACGACAGCGAAGAACCAGGAUUUCCAUCUGUAUCAGACGGUGGAUCAGCUGCAGCAGCAGCAGCAGCCGCUGCAACAGAAAGCUUUAAUGCCACCGCUGGAUCAUGCUACACAUAUCAUUAGCCAUCAGCAUCAUUGCAAGCAUCAUCACAAACAUCAUCUGCCACAGCAGCCGCAGUCACUGCCGCUCUAUCACCAAUACGAAUAUCAGCCGUCGUAUGAGACUCAGGCUCAACGUCUAAGUCAGGCGGCCAGUGAGUUGCAGCAUCAAAAACAACAACUCCAACAGGAGUUACAACAACAUUUCCACUACAAUGAGUAUACGAAUCAAAAUAGUUUCUUCUACUUCGAUAGAAAGCUGUCGUCGACGGCUCUCUCCUCGCCAGACUCGCCGCUGACAAGUGUCACCACACCCACCAAUCAAACACCUCUGCAUCAGAAAUUCUCUUGCCAUUCAUCACCGCAAACGCCCAAACAUUAUCAUCAGCAUCAUACGGCGCCAAAAUGCCUUACUCAACGCCAAUCAUCGACGCCAUGUUGCAUGCGAUCGGCUUCACCACCACCCGCACCCACCGGCGGCCGUCAAUCAAAGGCCACGUCUACACCGGAUCGCAUGGCAAAAACACCCACCUCCUCUCUGACCAAGCCCAAGAAGUGGCGUCGACCAUUUAGCUCAUAUCAUUCCUGUGACGAUUUGGAUGCCACCAACAAUGCCACAAAUCUGAACAAAUCGAAAAACUCCACCAACGAUCAUCAUCAUUCUUCGCCCCAUCAAAAUUCCAACGAGAAAAUGGUCGUGGCCAGUCUAAAGUAUUUGUGUGCCUGCACGGGGGCCACGCUGCGUAACUUGUCGAAACGUACCAAAGAUUUACACAAGAAAAACUGUUACUCCUAUGUGAAGCCCACGUGGCGGGUAUGGGGUGAAGAAAAGGAUACCGAUAUUAUUUACACCGUAUACCUGAAAAAGGUGUGCUACCACCGGCCCACACCCUCAGCAGCCAAUCCCGACUCCGAAGAUGACAUCUCCUAUCUGGAAUGGGAAAUGGUGCGAGUUCGUUUUGUCAAGGCCGCCACCUUGGAGCGUCUGGUCGAAGCUCUGGCCACCGAUGAUGGUGAACUCGAAUCGACUUUCAUCAAUGUUUUCCUCAACACCUAUCGUACCUUUUCAACAUCCAAAGAAGUUCUGGGUCUGUUCAUAAAACGUUUCAAUACGCUGACGGAGAAACAACGUAUCGAAGACAUCAAGCACAAAGAUGAUGUCGAUUACGACCCCAGCGCCACCGUUCAUGAACAGCACAAAAAAACUCUAGUCUCGGUGUGGAAAAUGUGGCUAAACGGCUUUCCCGAAGAUUGGAAUGAGGAAAAUCUCCGCUAUUUAAUAACGUUCACUAGCAAACAUUUACCAAAUUCCGAUUUACAUUCGCGGGCGUUGAAUCAAUUGGAAAUGAUAUUGCGCCAGCAGGUUUACAGCAAAAAAAGUCUGCCACCCUGGUUGGGUGAUCAAUUUGCCGAUCUGUAUUUGGCACCGGAAUUUCAAAGACGGGCCUGUUUUCUGGAGACCUAUCGUUUUCCCCGCAUCGAUGUGCGGCAUUUUGCCGAACAGUUGACACGAAUGGAUUGUGAUUUGUUUAAGAAGGUGAUAUCGCAUCAGUGUUUGGGCGCCACAUGGUCGAGGCGGUCACAGGGCUGCUGCGAGACGGUGGUGGCCACCGUAACACAAUUCAAUGAAGUCUUAUAUCGAGUCAUAACAAGUAUACUGAUAGAGAGAGCUUUGGAACCACAGGAAAGAGCAGUGUAUAUAGCAGUAUGGAUAGAUAUAGCUCAAGAACUGAGGUUACUCAAAAAUUUCUCUUCCCUGAAAGCCAUUGUAACUGGUCUGAAUUCAUCGGCUAUAUAUCGUUUAAGUAAAAUCUGGAGUGUAUUGCCAAAGGAAAAGCUGGAAAUAUUUCAAGAACUUGCCCGAAUUUGUUCUGAGGACAAUAAUGCUUCAGUUCAGAGAGAACUGCUGAUACGGGAGGGUACAGCGAAAUUUGCCGAAACCGUGGGUGAAAAUGAUCGUCACAUGCAGAAGAUAAUACAGAAACAGAGCACCCACACGUCACACGGUACCAUACCCUAUUUGGGUACGUUCCUAACUGAUUUGACAAUGAUUCAUCAGGCCAAUCCGGAUACGGUGGGUGAAGACAACCUCAUCAAUUUCGAAAAGAAACGAAAAGAAUUUGAAGUUUUGGCAAAAAUUAAACUACUACAAGGAGCAGCUAAUACCUAUAAUUUGGAAGAAGAUCCGUUGUUUAAUCGUUGGUUCUAUUCAAUGCCUGUGCUGACGGAGGAGGAUGCCCACACGCUGUCAUAUCAAUUGGAACCACCACCACCAACUGCGCCAAGGAAAAGUAACACCUCAUCGAAUAUGUCAUCGGCGAAUAGUUCAAUAUUGGGUCAUAGGAAAACCGAUUCGAUUGCUUCGAACUCCAGCAGUGGAGCGGGAUCACAGUUCUAUUGUGAAAUUAGUUCGCAUAAUAGUUCCAGGCACAAUUCGUUGGAUAGAGAGGCCCACAACAACCAUAUGUCGGCAACUAGUAGUGUUUCGAAUUUAUCCCUGGAUUCAAGCAACUCCGGCGGAGGCCUCAAUAAAUCCAAAAUGAUACACUCACAAAGUUCAAAUGGUCUACUGCGCAGUAGUCAUGGCUCGACCAGUGGGUCGCAUACACCCACUCAUGUCGGUUCACCGCUCAUUAAUGCCCAGGUUGUGAAUUCACCCGGAGCCAAUGCAGAUUUUUAUAUUGUUAAAAUUACCUUGGAAUCGGAAACAAUGCCCCAGGAUGGCAUUGUGGUGUACAAAAGUAUGAUGGUAAAGAAUAAUGAACGCACACCACAGGUGAUACGUAAUGCCCUCAUGAAGCUGGGCAUUGAGGAUGAUGCCGACAAUUAUACGCUGGCCCAACGGCUGCCCGACAAAGAUGUUGAUUUGCCACGCAAUGCCAAUGUUUUCUAUGCCGUGGUGGUCAAUAAGAAUUUUGAGUUACGUUUUAUUUUGAAACCAAAUCCGGAGCGUAUGACAAAUGGUGGUGGCAGUGGUGUGGGCGGUGGCAUCCAUGGUAGCAGCGGUGGCAGUCGUAGUAGUCGCAGCAGUAAUAGCUAGUGGUUAACUAAGACCCUGUAAAAUUGCGGGGUCUUGGAGUUUAGCUAUGGAACGAAAAAUAAGAAACGCAGACUAUCGUAUUUUGCAUGUCUGGGUGCUUUACAGGAUAUGUAUUGGAAAUUGCAACCCAUACACAUUAUUAUUGUUUAGUUUACGACAAAAGAUAUUGUCGUGAGAAGAAACUGAAACAGACACACACACAAAUUCGUUUAUAAGUAUAUAUAUGUAUGUAAAUGUAGAUGUAUGUAUUAUAUAUUUUAUUUUGUAUGUAACCACAGAGUCGAAAUUUCGAUUUCUUUUUGUAUAAAGUGAGGUUAGAACUUUAAAUAACAUCUUUAACUGCCUAUUGGCCUUAUAUGGAAGGCAUGAUGAAUUUCGGGGUUUGUUCAAGAGGGCUUGAGGAGAAGUUGAAAGGGGAAAAUGUAGGGCAAAAGAAGCACUAACGACAUAUUAAGAGCUUAAAGACCUCUCGAGAAUGUAAAGACGGGACUUUUUCUAAACCAAUUUGUUUUUUUUAACUGCAAUGACUAGGACAAUUGAGGAAUUUAUUGCUACACAGGGAUAUUUUCCAAGUGGAUUGACGGAAAAUUUUGGUUUCUGAGUGGCAUGCAUUGUGUUCGGAACCUUGAAUAUUACCGCUUUUUUUGUAGCUCCACAACUUGAGGGGUAUAUUGCCCAGUAUUGAAACUUCUGUUAAAUAAUAUUUGGUAAAGAAUAGCUUAAAAUAUGUUUUUAAUAAUUGAGAUUUGCAUAACCUUUGAAAUUCUAGAUGCAAGUCGAAACGACAUAGUCCCAAUACCACUUUUGAUAAGGGCAGGUUAUUUGGUAGGGUAUUUGUGCCUUGAAACAAAGACAUCUUGGUGUUGAAGCGGUGUUUAGAACACCAAAUUGAAUAUUCUGUAAAAAGAUGUGUGAUAAAGACUAUUUCAGAGCUAUUUAAAAUAUAGGCUUCACAUUCUUAAUCGGAAUAGAAUUUUGAAUUUUUCAUUUAGAACCAUUACCAUUUUUCAACUUCAAAGGUUAGAUGAUAGAUAGACCCUCAAUUUUUUCACUUAAAUAAUGUCUAAAAGUUUUUGGGAAAUAAACACUGACUCUACGACGCCUACGGUUUAAGAUCUUUUCUUUUUGUUUUGAGGAUUUCUAACCGGUCAAGACUCUGACCCUAAUACGAAACAACUAAUUGGAGUUAUGAAGCUUAAAUAAAUUUCAAAUUCACGAAAGUGGAUUUUUGUGGAAAAAAGCGAAAUAUGAGAAAUUCUAAGCCUAGAUAAUGGAAUUCGGAGCCCAAAAUAAUAAAAUUCGGAUGAAGCAUCCAAUCCACUUCUAUGUCUGACCCCACACGACCCAUACCGGUUGUGAGACUUACGUGCUUCAGCUCUUACGGUCUGACUCUUAUGAAUAUCGUCAUUGUCAUGUAUCAUUUCAGUCCUAUUCGUAGAUGGAAGAUCUGUUGGACACGCCCCAUUGCCAGUUUUGUAAUUGGUAUAUUGACCCAUGAUUAAAUAAGUAAUACGAACAUGCUUCUUGACUCCACCCGACCCAUAGUGAUAUUCGCAUAUCAUUUCUAAUUAAUUUAGAUCCAUUGCCAAUAGUUGGUCUGGUUCAUAGACCCAAAACUGUAGAAUAAAAUAUGAAAACUUCCACUUCUACGCCUUACCCUACAAGAGCCUUAGUGUGUUAUCGUUUUUGAAGCUAACUGGCUUCAGCUUUUAAGACCCGUCCCUUUUGAGAUGAUCCAUUACAAGUAUAUGGAAUAUCUGCUAGAUCCAACUCAUUACCAGU